AAUACUAACCCAAAUCAACUGUCAAACUCCAUCUCUAAUCUAGUAAUCUCUCUUGAAGCUUUCUCUAUUUCUUACAACACAAAAACCCUCAACUCCGGUUUCUCCUCUCUCUUUCUUUUAAACACACACAACACCAGAUAUGGCUACCAAUCUCCUUUCUUUCAGGCCUGCAGGAGUCCAAGCCAGAGCAUCACGGGCUCCCCGAAAACCCGAUUCCAACAAACAGGGGAGUCCUUCCUCCAACUGGUGGACCCCGCUUUUUGGCUGGUCCUCCGAACCUGACUACAUUGACUCCAACGGUAAACCAGAUCAGUCGGAAUCUGAUCCCGAGAUGAAGUCUAUGAAAGCUUCUCGGUUCACGCCGGGUUGCUUCACGGAGGAGAAGGCAAAGCAGCUUCGGAUGAUGACAAAGGACACCUCUUUUCAUGACGCCAUGUACCACUCAGCCAUCGCCUCUCGCCUCGCUUCCGAUUUCAAGUUUCAAUCGGAGUCGGAAAGCUAAUAUUAGACCCGGAUCAGUAAUUUUUUUUUUUUUUUAAUAAUUAGAAUUAUAGUUUUAUAAUUUGUAAGGUUGUGUAAGUCCGACUUUUAGGGAUGAAAUGCUGAUGAAUGAUGUAUGGUUUAGUUGGUUACGUGGAAGAAGGUGAUCUGAUUAAGUGAUGUAAUUAUAUGUUAAACAACUGAUAAACUAUGUAAUUAUUGUUUCA